AAGCCAAAGGGAAUACUUACAAGAAUCGCGCCAAGUGGUUGAAUUCUCCUGUGAAAGGCACUGAAUAUAAAAAGGAAUUAAUAAUUGAUUCUCAUACCGAACCUGCCAUAUUGAAAGAUAGCAAACCUAAAAAAGAAACAGUUGUGAAAAUUAUGGAGGAGUCACGAAAGCCAGAUGUUGACAACAAUAUCGUUCAAGGAACGAUUACAGCAAGCAAGCCUGCAAAACAAGUUAUGAGCGAGAUUCCAUUAGAUAGCGUUUUCAAUGAUGAACCAUCGAAUGAUGCGAAUAGUUUCUUCGAGAAAGGCUCCAAUGGUGGGGAAACAAAGGAAGAAAAGCCUUUAGUCACAACAACGUCCACAAAAAGCACUAAAGUUGUGACUACCAGUCGUACUGUGGUUAAAAGUGACGGCGAACCUGUAACGACUACUGUUGAGAAAAAAGUUAUUGUGAAUGGUGAAGAGCAAACUAGUGAGAAGAAUUUACUCUCUCCUCCUUCCAAUGAUGUCGAUGUCGACGACAAGGAAGAUGUCAGCGAGGAAGGUGCUGCUGAUAAAGAAGAGAAUGAAAGCUCCGGUGGAAAGUCGCGCGAAAAAGUGAAAAAGAAGAGAAGCUUUAAGAAGUCGUUCCAAGGAAUAAUUCAUAGGAAGAGCAGGGUAGAGAAAGAUGAGUAAGCGAAGUGGACUUCAUUCCUUAAUUCAUGUAUCUUUGCAUCAGAUUUUGACAGCAUCUAUUGUUGACGGUGCUAACUGAGAGUAUUUCUAUCACUAGAGGAAAUUAUUUUGCCUAUAAUUUGUUUCUUUUAAGAAUAAUCUGAGAUUCGUCGUUGAUUUCUCGAUUGAAAUAAACAGUAGGUCUUUUCAGAUUCUUAGAGAUAUGAAUAGUUACUUACAAAUUGGUAGUGAUUUAGGAAUAUAGAAAGAAAGUGUAGCAAACGCUGUCUUUAUUGUCAAGUAUGGUAGAUAAACCACCAAAUCUAUGAAAAAACUAAGUAUUUUGGCCGAGUUGUCUUUAUGCAGUCUCACUUUAAAAAUGACUGCGCGUAAAUUGUACAUGCACAAUGUGUUUUUAAGUAAUCUAUCUGGUGUCGAUUGUGAAAUAAAUCAUUAAACUGUA